CUCAUCUUCACCAGAAACUGCUCCACCUCCAACCUCAAGCUCCGACACAUGUAGUAGAACGGAUCUCCGCCUGUCUGACCGACAUCUCUCAGUGGAUGUCUGACCAUCACCUGAAACUCAAUCUCGACAAGACUGAGUUUCUUUUUCUCCCAGGAAAGGGCUCUCCCACCACUGACCUGACCAUCACCCUCGACAACUCUUUGGUAAGUCCUUCUCAUACCGCAAGGAACCUGGGUGUGACACUUGAUGACCAUCUCUCCCUCACUGCCAACAUUGCUGCAACAGCUCGAUCUUGCAGAUACAUGUUGUACAACAUCAGAAGGAUACGGCCUCUCCUAACCCAGAAGGCGGCACAGGUUCUGGUCCAGGCUCUUGUCAUCUCACGCUUGGAUUACUGCAACUCCCUCCUGGCUGGUCUCCCUGCAUGUGCCAUACGACCUCUGCAACUGAUCCAGAAUGCAGCAGCUCGACUGGUCUUCAACUUACCAAAAUUCUCCCACACUACACCGCUCCUCCGCUCCCUUCACUGGCUUCCUGUAGCUGCACGCAUCCGCUUCAAGACUCUAGUGCUUGCGUUCCAUGCUACAAACGGAUCCGGUCCAGCCUACAUCCAGGACAUGAUCAAAACCUACACCCCAGCCCGCCCACUCCGCAUCGGCAAACCGGCUUGCUCCCCCCUCACUGAGAGGAUCGCAGAGGCAUCCGCAGAACUCAAGACUGUUCACUGUCCUAGCUCACAAUAA